GAGAACGUGGAAUGCUCGGAUUUACGCGAUCGCGCACGUUGCGCCCUGUCUCUUGGCAAUUUUGAUAUUUCGGACUCGUGCGGUUAAUUUCGCUGGAUCCGUGAUCGUCGAUCGACGAGAUCUGGACGAGACGGGCAGCCGUUUGCAAGAGGCGAAACUACUCGACCGGAUCGUCCAACAGGUGAUCGAAGCUGUGCGCGUACGCCAACGUAUCCCCUAUAAAAGUCGAAUACGUUUGUCCGACGUACGUACACGGUACAGGUACGGUGCGGCUAACGUGAAAAUAGAUGGUGGUUGGUGAAGAUAGGUGAAAGUGGCGAGGUGGAAACCAAUCGUCACGAUAAAUUUCGACGGAAAAGUUUGGCCCUCGACGUGUGUUAAGAUCGUUGAUAGAAAAAAGUAAAGAGACGUGGCUUGACAAUCGCGAAAUAUGUCAAGUUAACGUCAGUCGUUGCUCGAUGUCUGUUGCGCCAAUCGAGGAGCCGAGGCGGUCAAGAAUCCAGGUGAAAAUAAAUCAAAGGGUCGUUUCGGGUGCUUCGUAGGGAUGGGCAGUACCGCGAAAGAAUAGGCUCUCUUUUCUACGACGAGGAAAUCGUCGAAUUGGCCGACUACCAGCCACGGAACGAACAAGAACUCUCACGGAAUCCUCGGAGGCAUCCCGCACGUAAAAAUAAACCGUGGCUCUCGAGCCGACGCGACGCGGCCCGGCAACGGGUUCGACAAAAACUUUUUAACGAGCACGCGAUGAAUACGUCUCGUGGCGUACAGGUUUCGAUAGAUUUGCGCGACACUCGUAUAUCGUACACUCCAAAGUUGAACGGUUUACGUAAAUUACGUAGAAUGACGUUGACGAUCCGGAAAGAAAUCGGAGAAUGUUACCGUAGACGUUUGCAAAUGGGAUAACUUGGCGAUUAAUUGGACCACGAGAUCCGUAAUGAGAUAAAUUAUGAACAAGACGGAGAAAACAUCAGCCGACUCACGGGUGGACAGCGGAUGGAUUAACCGACGCCACGGUGGUCGUCAGGAAGUCACGAGCAAACGAUCGAAAACAAGAGUCGACGGUGUUCGUUACCAGGAUGCCAAGUUUCUAGCCAAUGCUGACACCAGCAAACCCUGACCAGGCGUUUAUCAAACGGGAAAGAACCGAGUCUAGCGCCUCGUUCGGAAAUAAAGCAUAGCGUAAAUAAAGUAUCAGACGGAAGCGCUAUCGAUGAUCCUGUGAGCUCAACAAAGAGAACCAUGUCCUUUUGCAGGAUAACGGGGCGUAGCAGGGGUCUUCCGAAGCCCAACUAUUUUCCGUUGUUACCUCCCAUUAGUCCAGCCGACGCGAAACGCUUCUGUCGUAUCACCGGCAAGUCCUACGGUCUGCCUACUCAUCACUACAUUCCAGUUCUACUCGGUGUGCACACGCACGACAAAUCGAAAUGCAAAAUCACCAACGCCUCGGGACUCGGACCGCACCACUACACCGCUGGUUUCGUUGUGGGCGAGAAAAAAAAACACGUGAUCCUCAAGGACUAUCGGUACGUGUUCCCGAUCCUAGAAGGCGAGGGAGACCAACAGAGAGCUUUGAGAGAGCUGCUCGACGCGAAACACCCACCGGCCGAAGAGGAACAGUCGAAAUUCGUGUACACCGUGGAAGAGCGAAGAUGCAGUCUAGUAUUUCCAUCCAGACUGGAAGCCGCUGUCAGAGACGGAGACGUCAAAGACGUGAUGCUCUCCAGGGACUGCGAUACAGUCCUGUUCAGACUAAAGCAGGGGAAAAACGUGUCGGUGGAUUUCAAGAAUCUGAAGGACUUUGAUCACCUCUACGAUGGGCUAGGACCUAGAGAAGAUGUGUUGAAGGAGAGAGAGAAGCAAGAGGCGGAAGCUAGAAAAAGGAAGAGAAAGAGACAAGCUGGACUAACGUACGCCAAGAAGAUCUUCGAGGAGAAGGAAAGAGCUGCCGACGAAGAGGAGCUCAAAAGGACGAAACAGCUGAGGCUCAGAAGCGUCAAGGAAGAAACGACGGAAGAAAAAGUAGAGAACUGGAGACACGUAGACCUGGAACAAGCUAGGAACAGAGCUUGCGAUUUGAUCUCGAUUGCGAGCUCGCCGAAAGACGCGGCAAAAUGGAUACCGCAAACUUUGGACUGGAACUCGGAAUCGUUCCAGAAUCCAAUCAAGCCGCCAUUGGUUCCCGUGAUAGACAAAUUACCGACGCCUGUCGUAGCAGAGCCUAGACUCGUGGAACAGGAUGCUUCGUCCGCGUGCACGAGCCCUAUUUCGGACAGCACCGCCGGAUUCGAAGCGAUAUCGAUCGUGAAGCCAUUCGCGCCGCUAAACAUAGAGGCGGACGCGGCCCUCCAAUCGGCGAUACAAACACAGACACAGACACAGACACAGACCGUUCCAGGCAGCGGCAGCGAUUCGAGGGAACCGUCCGCGUCGAAUGUGAACGCGAAACUCUCCAAGGUCGGCAAGGACGCGCUAGAUCAGUUACCUCGCGUGGACGAAAUUGCAGAACUGGUGCAAACUCUCCGCAAGGGUAAGGAAACGACCGUCCACAAAAUUAAAGGUCUCAAGUUGGACAUAAAGUCUGCCCAGAGAUUUAUCGCUGGGCAGAAAGUGGAGACGCCAAACGGACCUAUUUUCGUGCCUGGCCAGACGUUGCAAACACCUCAGGGUCCUGCUUUCGUUCCGGGCUUGACGGUCAACACUGCCGAUGGUCCUGUCCUCGUUCCCGGCCAAAUUUUCAACGUCAAAGAACAGGACGCGAGAGAAACGGCUGUUUUCGUGGCAGGACAAACAUUACCAACCGAGCAAGGUAGCAAGUUUGUUCAAGGCCAGACCUUCCACACCAGCGAGGGAGCCAGAUUCGUGCAAGGUCAGACCGUGCUAACCGACGAGGGUCCCAAGUUCGUGGCUGGUCGAGUAACGCAGGAUGGAUCGUUCGUUCCCGGCCAGACGAUCGUCACCGCGGAUGGACCGCGGUUCCUGCCAGGUCAAACGGUCACCGACCAUCGCGGAGAACAGAUAUUCGUUCCAGGACAGAGCGUACAGAUUGGCGAAUCUUGGCAAUUUGUCCCGGGCCAAUGUAUAGAGUGUUCGAGCGGAGAGUCGAAAUUCGUACCGGGUAAAACGAUCCAAACUCCUCAAGGUCCGCAAUUCAUUCCCGGCCAGUACGUUACCACGAAUUCCGGAGAGAGCCGCUUCGUCCCUGGGAUCCCGAAAGAUACGGAACAAGGAACGGCGUUCGUUCCAGGUCUGACACUGGACACUCCGAAGGGGCAAAAGUUCGUCGAAGGUCAGAUCUUGAAGACACCGGAAGGUGAAAAAUUUGUUCCAGGUCGAAGCAGAUCGAGCAACAACGAGGGCUUCGAGGGCUUCGAGUUCGCCGCUGCCAGCAAGUUCGAUCAAGUCGUGUUUCACGAUGCAGGUCCGAUCGGUAUACCCGUUGACCCGAACACGGCAAACGUUUCUACUCAAAAGAGCGAGAUAUUCGGUCACAUGGUCCAAACGGAGAGGGGCGUUGAAUUUUAUCCCGAGGACACGAAAAAGCUACCGGAAGGGAAGAGAAUCGUUCCAGGGCAGCUGGUACGUGGCGGUGGAAAGGAUGGUCCACGAUUCGUGCCAGGCGUGAUGACGGAGGAUGGCUUCUUACCCGGGCAAAUCGUUAUGACGGAGAAGGGGGAACAAUUCGUGCCCGGGCAGGUGAUCGACACCAGUAGCGGUCCGAAAUUUGUCCCUGGUCAAAUGGUCGAGACUCGAACCGGUACGAAAUUUGUUCCUGGUCAGACCGUGGAAACUGCGGACGGUCCCCGUUUCGUACCAGGUCAAAUCGUCGAGACAAAAGUUGGUCCCACGUUUAUUCCUGGUCAGGUGAUCUCCACGGACGACGAAGGCUCGCGAUUCGUACCCGGUCAAGUGGUAGACACUCCAGACGGUCCUAGAUUCGUGCCGGGUCGCGUCGUAGAAUCCGGAGAGCUAGGAGUGACUUUUGUACCUGGUCAGAUAGUCCAGACCGAAGAGGGGCCGCGAUUCGUUGCCCCCGAUUUAACCGACACCCCGGAAGGUGAAGUGGAGUUUUCCGUUCAAGGUUUCGAAGUCACGCCGGAAGAGCUGCGGCUGUUGAGGCCGCAGCAUCUGCACUACAAUCCUCACGUCGAGCAUCACGGAGAGACCAGCAUCGACGCUAGAAUGCUUCGACAGUUAUCAGAAGCAGGCUUGUCGGUGGGACGAAAAGUAACCACGGACCUACCGGCCGUCGACGUUGACGUCGAUCCAAAGGCAGUCGCUCUGGAACACGCUCUGGUAAUGGCAGAGAAACUCGGAUUACACGGCGAUACCGCGGUGAAAAUGGCACAAAUUGUGUCAACCGUUGCCCAGUUGGCGAAAAAUAUUGCCGUUAAACAGGAACUGGAGGAAUGUCGGGCGACUGCUACUUCGAAAUUGACCAACGGCGUCGGAUGUUGGCUCGCAAACGACCAACGAACCGGAGGCCAACAGAAGAAGGAGAGUAGGAAGGACGAUUGGCUAAGAAACGCGGUCAAGACCGCGAUGUCCAGCGCUGUCGCAGCCAUUGCGAACCAAUCCGUCGACACCGAGGACGUCGAGCAGAAUUUCGUUUACUCCUCCAUCAGCGAAGCUUUCAACGUUCUUUUGCGGCAAAAGAACACCAGUAUAGAGGAGUCGGUCGAAGAAAUGUUACAGAUACUUUUGAUUCCGCAGAACCGAAGCAGUCUAUGUAGCUCGGCUUUGUUAGAAUUGCUAGAAACCAGAAACAACAAACUGGAGAUUCUCAAGUCCACGGUCGACGGCCACUGUUUGAAAGACGACGUGGUUUUGGACAGAUUGUCGAUGGUUCUCGAGGAAGAAAACGGAACGGAUCUGGUUGGGGCAGCGUUCAGAACAGUCUCGAAGAAUGACUCGGAAUUGGUCUCUCGAGUACUCCGAAAAGUCUCCGAAGAGGUAUCAACGAUCGAAACGGAAAAGGAAGCGGUCGAUACGGUCCACAGAGCGAUCGUCCAUGCCGUCAGAGAAUCGAGCGAAAUUCGUGUCCAGGAACUGCUCGUCGACGACGCCGACGGAGAAAACGUCCGAGAAAUGCUCCUUCAGGCUGUAGGAUUGGCCAGAGCUUUGGGUAUGUCCGAUACUGCUACGAGCCUUCUGGCAGUGGUCAGCGACGAAAAGUCGACGCGCGCGUUAGCCAGCGACAGAGUGACGUUGGACGUUCUGAGAAGGUUGACCGUAAUGAGGAAACUAGCCGAGGAAAGGCCACCUUUCGUCAACGUUCUGGGACAACUCUGCAGCGACCCAGAAUUGGCGAGAACCGAUCCGCGACUCCGAACUCUCGUCAGAGAAAGCGCCGCUCUGAUGAUCGUCCCCGAAGAUGCACCUUUGCAAUCAUCGGCAGACGUACCAACGGCUUUGCUUCGUUCCGACAACAGUCUGGCGAUGGAGGAGUUCCUUUUGAGAACAAGUCACAGAUCCUCGAGCAUUUUCAUGAUCUUGAAACAGGGACUGCAGGCGGUGGUUCCCCGAGAAGCCUCCAGAUCGGUACUGACCGGUCAAGUGGCCUAUACGGUACUCGACGAGGAUGGAAUCCACCAUUUCGAGCCGCUUCACGUAUUCUCGGCGCUCAGACUCAAUCGUCCCACCGCUCAUCGUUUCUCCAUGUACUGUUGUCCCGUCGCCAAAGAAGAGGAUGCGGACGUUGAGAUGCUCUCCACGUUCACCGGGACCACUUCGAUCGCGAGCAGCUUGGACGGAUCCGGCAACGGCACGUAUCAUCAGAGGCAAGAAAACAACGGUGUCGUUAUGUCAAAGUCGGAUCGAUCUCGCGGAUACUCUGCUAGCAGGGAAAACACGCCGAGUCUUCGGAGAUUGAGCAGUUUCCAGCAAGAGAAUAGCUGUGAGCGGAAAUCCUUGGACAAUUAUAUCGUCGUGAAGGAUUACAAGAGCGAGACGGAUGGAUUCACCGUGAACGUUGGCGACAUCGUCGAGGCCCUCGAAUAUGCCGAUCCAGCCAAAAAGAUCAAGCUGGAUCCUGAUCUGGAGAUCGGACAGGUCGGCGAUGUGCUGGACAACUCGGCAGCGUGGCACAAAUUGUCGGUACGGCCGCGUAGGAAACACGCCGAUCCUCGUGCACGAAACAUCGCGAGAUCGAGUUCGGAUACCAGCCUUCAGAGAGUGUAUGUUCGUACAGCCGAUUCAAGGGAAGGAUGGUUGCCUAUGUCCAUCUUGAUGCAAACCGCUCUCAGCGAGGACUCAGCGACUGGACACCGACCCGAGGAUUCGCAUUUUCGAAGAGAGGCUGUAGUGAAAGAACUGGUCGAGACCGAGGAAGAAUUUGGCAGAGACCUGCAGCUGGUCGUCGAACGUUACUUGAAUCCGCUCGACAAUCCAGACGUACCACGGGUCGUGCGCGACAACAAAGACAUCAUUUUCACGAACCUGAAGCAAAUCGCCGAUUUUCACAAUACAUCGUUCGGCAGGGUGUUGAUCGAGGGUGUCAAAUACUAUGCGGAUCAGCCACGUAUGCUCGGCAAAACAUUUUUACGACUGGAGAGAGAUUUCGACAAACACGUGGCCUACUGCAGGGACGAACCGGGUGCUCAAGAGUUUCUACAGAUGAACGACCCCGUACGGGAAUACUUUGAGGAGUUGAGCCAGACUCUCCACGACGACAAAAGUCUAUCGGAACACUUGAAGCUUCCGAUACAACGCAUAAACGACUACCAGCUUCUGCUUAAGGAGCUGGUCAAGUAUUCGACCCGACUAGGCGAAAACUGCGACGACCUCCAAAAAGCUUUGGAGUUGAUGCUAGGUAUCCCGCACAGGGCAACGGAUAACAAAUUCAUAAGCAAUAUCGAAGGAUACAAAGGAAAUAUCCAUAAACUUGGCAGAUUACUCACGCAUGAGUGGUACACGGUGAUCGACAAGGACAACAAGAACAAAGAGAGGUACCUGUUUCUGUUUAAAGCUCGCAUACUCGUCUGCAAAGUCAGACGAAUAUCGGAAGACAGAUCAGUUUUCGUCCUAAAAGAUAUUAUUCGACUGCCAGAAGUAGAGGUAAAGGACCAUCCAGAGGAUCUACGGACUUUCGAGUUACACUGUCCAUCGAAUCCUGCGUACCCCGUCACUUUGGUGGCCCACAAGGAUCCUGUAAAGGUCUGCUGGCUGAAAGAAAUUCGACAAUACGCGAGCGACGUGGUAGCCCUCGCAGAGCACGCCGCGGACGAUUUGCAGUUAACAGAGGUGCCCGAAACGAAGGAAGAUAUCAAAGGGAAUCCAGGAGCUAAGAAAGAAGGAAAUCCAGGAUCCGAAGAGAAGCCCUGUCUUUCGGAGAAAAGAAAAGAAGAGAACCCAGGGAAUCCGGGCAACCCAGACAGUAAGAAAGCCAAGGUUGAAGAGGAAAGCGCAGACAUGUCUCGAAGAUACUCUGCGAGUCGAUACAGCUCUUCCAAACUUGUGGAAGAAUAUUCCUCGGUGUCCAGCACUCGCAAUGCCACAACCGCGUUCCUCGAGUCAUCUACUAGUGCCGUGAAGACGGAGUCGAGUUCGAGUUCCUAUCAAGGUAGCAAUGCUGCUUCGAUGGAAACCAGAUCGAACAUGGGGAGGAUCACCGAGGGCGGAAUAGGAAAACCAACGUUUGUCAAGACAGUCCAAGGCAGCAACGUCGAACCGAUACCAGAAAAUAACGUGGCACUGAUACACGCCGUAGCUGGAGAAAUGGCCAGUUUCGAGUGCACCCUGUUGCAAACCGACUCGACUACAAUGGUGCAAUGGUUGAAGGACAACAAGCCAUUGGACGACAGACUGGCCGAUCGCAUAACAGCUUCCGCGGUUGGAAAAACCUUCAAACUCACGCUUCAAAAUGUCCUCGAAUCGGACUCUGGUAUUUACAUCGCCCGAGCUAUAAACAGCGAGGGUCAAUCCACGUGUACAGCACAACUGAUUGUACAGAAACUCACUCCGGAAGAGAAGAAAGCAAGAGCGGAAGCUAACGCGCCCAUCUUUUUGGUACGAUUGAAAGACACCGAGCUGUUGGAGAAUACGUAUCUACGUUUCAUGGUCAAAGUAAAAGGAGAUCCGAACCCUGACAUGAAAUUCUACAAGGAUAAUGUUCCGAUCGACGCAAACCAUUCACGCAUAAAAAUUGUCACCGAUCAAGCGGAUAAAGGGUUCUACGAAUUGGUUAUCGAUGACGUGCAAAAACAAGACGCUGGGAAAUACUCGUGCACCGCGAAGAAUCGAUACGGAGAAACGUCGUGCGAAGCAUCGGUAACCGUAACCGACGAAAAGUUGCUCUACCUUCCAGAGAACUUUCUCGAGCCUGGUAUGGAACCCCGGUUCACCUGGUUGCGCGAUGGACGACCAUUCGAUCCCGAAGAACGAUUCAAGGUGCUCUUCCAGGACAACGAGGACACUUUAGCGUUGGUAUUCCAGCAUGUAAGGCCCGAAGAUGCUGGCCUAUACACAUGCGUUGCGCAGACUAGCACAGGCAACAUUAGCUGCAGCGCCGAGUUGACAGUCCAGGGCGCGGUAAACCAACUGUUGAAAGACCCAGAGAAGCCAAAACUCGUUUCAGAAAUGAGACACUCGGAAGCGAGCUCCGGUGGAUCGGCCAUGUUGGAGCUUCAAAUCAGAGGCUACCCGAAACCUGACAUCAAGUGGACCAAGGACGGUAAGGAAAUCGUCGCUGGUGGAAGAUACAAGUACCUCUGGGAGGAUGAGGAAUCCAUGACUCUGGUGAUAAAGAAAGUGACGGCAAAGGACGCGGGAACGUACACGAUCAGAGCGAAAAACGAGCUGGGCGAAGACAUUACGCAGAUCGAGCUAAUCGUGAAAUCCGCCCCAAAGGUUAUCAAGAAGCAAACGGACGUAACAGCCAUCAUGGACGAAACGGUGACGAUGAUUCUAGAGAUCGAAGCCACCCCAUUGCCCGAAGUGAAAUGGUACAAGGACGGUCAAGAAAUUAAAGAGAACAAUCGUAUAAGCAUCGUCAAGGAAGAGAACGACACCUACAAACUCGUUUUAAAGAACGCUCGUUUGGACGAUGCUGGAUCUUACUCGAUCGUUGCGCGUAACGAUGUGAAUCAGACGACAGAGAUCUGGAAGGUCAGAGUGAUAAGUCCGCCAAAGAUCAGGAAAGGAUUGGGCGAACCGCAGAUCCUGAACGAAGGCGAUACGCUUACGUUGUUUGUGGACGUUGACUCUCAAGUGCCACCCACUGUCAACUGGUACAGAGACGGCCAGAUCGUUACGCAAGAUAGUCGUGUUAAGAUGCUUCGAGAAGGAAACAGGUUCGUUUUAAAGAUCACGGGUGCGUUAGGCGAAGACGCGGGAGUUUACAAAGCGGAAGUCAUUUCCGAGCAUGGCGCGGUGUCGGAUGAAACCAAGAUUCAAGUAAAGGGUGUUCCGAGGUUCAAAACGAAAAUGAGUGACGUGACGGUGAACGAAGGUGAGACAAACAUCGAAUUCUGCGUACAAGUGGACGGUUUUCCAAAGCCGAGUGUACACUGGUACAUCGGAAACGUAGAGAUUACGGAAAAACGUAAAGAGUUUACUCGCAGCGAAGAGGACGACGUCUACAAAUUGCUCAUCUCGGAUGCCAAGUCCGAAUUGAAAGGGACGUACACCUGCAUGGUGAAGAACGAGUACGGCGAGACCAAGAGUAGCUCGACGUUAACAGUGAAAACGAGGCCGAAAUUAAUAAAGAAGUUGGCCGAUCAAAGGAUAAAGGAAGGCGACACGUUAAAGUUGAUAUUCGAGGUGGCCGGCACACCGGAUCCCGAAGUAAAAUGGUUCAAAGACGGGCAGGAGGUAUCCGCCGAUGCACGAAUCAAAAUAACGAGGGACAGCAAACGUCAGGAGAGCUACGAUUUGACGGUGACUUUGGUUAAAGGUUCCGACGGAGGCGUCUACGAGGUUCGAGCUGAAAACGAACUCGGAUACGUUACCAGCAAAAGCAAAGUCAUCGUAAUGACGAAAACGGAAGAAACCGUCGAUGAAAAAACAGAAUUGACAAAGGAGACGAUCACGGUAGAGGAAGAGGAGACGACGGUGCAGAAAGUCGAGGAGGACGAGGUUGGCCCGAACAAGCAACACGCGGAGGAAUCGGGACCGGAAGGUCGAGUGAAACUGGAGACACAAAACGUCCAAGUAACGCGGGGUCCUGGUGACACGAUUACAAUCUCAGUGGCCUCCACGACGACCCACGAAGCUAUACUCACAGGUCCCGACGAGAGCCACACGAUCAGCAAGAUGACCGCGACAAAGGUCGAGUGCCAGGAGAUCCACUCGUCCGGUCCUCGUGUCGAGGAGAUUGGUUCGUACAGUUACACCGUGCAAGAAGAAACCGUCCAAAAACCGCAGAACGGCAUUCUAAUUGAAGAGUUCUCGGAGGCCAGCGAGGACAACAAGUCGAGGCUUCGGGUGAAUCGCGGCGUCUCGAUCGUUUCCGUCUCCGACGACGAGUCGAGCUUGAAGGCUAUUUCCAGAGACGUCAGCACCGACGACAUCGACAUGCAGCAGUGCGCCGAGUUAUCAGAAGAUGUCAAGUUGGCGAACGGAUCCUACGAAGAGUGCAACGGUAACGAUAACGAAAUCGAGGAGAAGACUCUGGAGGAGGCUAGACCGUACAGAGGCACGCUACUCGCCGAGACCAUCGUCGAGGAACGAUCGCUGGAAGAGUCGCCGUCCGAGAAAUCCACCCUCGAAACAUUGCAACGAUCCCAGACUGCUCUACUCGAGGACGCUGCUCUCUCGAAACACAGUUUCAAAAUGGAAAGGAGAAAGUGUUCCGAAAAGGUGAUGGACCAAACGAUGGAUCAGCCGCAGACUGUCACGAUCGAGGAAAACGAACCAACUAAACAAAGUCUAAAACUGGAACGCGUCGACUCGAUCUCGAUCGCGAUUACGGAGAAAAAUAUCGAGAAUAAUUUGGAAGAGCGGCGUCGAGCGUCUGUUGGAAAUGGUCUGUCGAGACAGAGUUCGCAAAUAGAGAGAAUGGAUUCCAUAGAGUCGAAGAGAUCCUUGUCGAGGCAGAACUCGUUGAAAGCUGCCCUGAGCAUCGACGAAGAGGCUGACGAGGAACUCGAGGCGCUUCUGAAUCGCGUUAAACGGCAGCGCAGCGUGCUCGACGAUAUCCUUGAAAAAGAAUCUAGCAGAGAUUCAGCACCUCCUCACAUCAUCAGCGCGACUCUCUCCGAUCGAACGAUAUACGAGACCCAGAAGGUAUUGUUCGAGAUCAAGGCGACGGGGCUGCCAAGACCGGACGUAAAAUGGUUCAAAGACGGAAAACCAUUGCGGUCCGGGGAUCGGUUAAGGAUCGCCAGCUCGGGAGAAAGCUAUUCUUUGGAAGUGACCAAAGCGACGCUGGAAGACGAGGGCGUGUACACGUGUAUGCUCACGAACAAACUCGGCGAGGACAGCUCGGAAGGAUACCUGGAAGUUGGGACCGUCGACGAGCUUCGAAAACCAAAGUUUACCGAACCUCUGAGCGACGUAGACGUAGCCAAAGGAAAAUCGGGCGAAUUCCAUGCCACCUUGACGGCGGAUCCUGUUCCUGAAAUCACAUGGUAUUUCAAAGGUAACGAAAUCUCAGCCGAUGACAGCCGUCUAAAGUGCACCUUGGUCAACAAACCAGCAGCGGACAAACUGACCGAGACCACGGUUACGCUAAAAGUGCCGAAAUGCUCGGAACAAGAUACCGGAGAGUACACGGUCAAGUUGAACAACAAAUACGGCGAAGCAGAAGCUAGCGCUUUCUUGAAUCUGUUACUUCGACCGGAGAUCGAAGAGUUCAAGGACGCCACUGCACCGGUCGGAGAUCCACUCGAAUGGGAAGCGAUCGUGAGAGGAAAUCCAAAACCGGAUAUCACGUGGACAAAGGAUGGGCAGAUUCUGGAAAAGGGGAGCAGGUUCGAUUUCGCGGAAGAUAAACGAAACAAUAGAUACAAGCUGAUCAUUAAGAGCGUCGAGGUCGAAGACGGUGGAAUUUACAAGCUCGACGUUAAAAAUUAUCUCGGCGAAACUAGCGCACAGGCAUCGCUCAAACCGCAUACCGAGACGCCGACUUUCUUAAAGGAGCUCUCCGACAUGGAAUGCAAAGACCGCGACGAUCUAGAACUGAAGAUACGCGUAACUGGUAUCCCGAAGCCAACGGUCACCUGGUUAAAAGACGGGGUGACGGUAAAGGAGGACAGUCGUCACGCGAUAACCAGCCACGUGGAUGGCACGGUGGACAGCACCUACUCGAUCAAAACAUUCUCCCAAAGCGAUGUCGGCAACGUAAGGUGUCAAGCGAGCAACGUGGCCGGUAGCUCGCAAACCGAUUGCCAGUUGAACAUGAAAAUAAUCGCUCCCAGUUUUGGCCAAUCGCUACCAAAGUCGAUCGAGGUCGACGAAGGCGAACCUUUGGAACUCGGAGCGAAGCUGGACGGUAGUCCGAUGCCCGAGGUUGCUUGGUUCAAGGACGGGGAGAAGAUCGUUCCAGACGAACACGUGAAAAUCGAAACGAUUCCGGACGGCACUACCAAGCUUACGAUCGAUAACGUCAAGCCAACGGAUUGCGGAGCUUACAAACUUGUAAUCUCGAAUCCCACCGGUGACCACACUUGUUUGUGCGCCGUUGCGAUCAGACCCGAAAGAAAGUGUCCAUCGUUCUCGAAACCGUUGGAAAAUGUCAAGGCGAUCGUUGGUCAACCUCUUAAGCUAGAAGCCCAACUGGUUGCUUUCCCGAAUCCACAGGUGCAAUGGUUCAAAGAUGGCAUACCGUUGCGUCAAGCAAAGGAGAUAUUCUUCAUGAACGAACCAAACGGACUGAUCGGUCUGAGAAUUGACAGCGCUCGUCCGGAAGAUGCUGGCACAUAUUCGUUAACGGCAUCGAAUUCGCUCGGCGAGAUCACUGGUUCCGCUAAAGUCGAGGUCGAAGAGAAAGAGAAACGACCCGAAUUCGUUGGUAGUCUUCAACCUCUGACCGUGGUAGAAGGGUUCCCGGUGAAAAUGGAGGUAAAAGUCGUGGGUAAACCUAGGCCACAGCUUCAAUGGUUCAAGAACGGAGAAGAGAUCGUACCCGAUGGACAACGUAUAAAAACCGUCAGCCUGCCCGAUGGUAGCCAAGCGUUGAUCAUCGAGAAAGCGACAGCGGAAGAUGCGGCGGACUACCAGGUCGUAGCGAGCAACACCGAGGGCACGGCCUCCUGCAAGGGCACUAUCGGUAUCGUAAGCAAACUCCAGCCCGACGUUGCGGAGGAAAAAGCUGCUAUCGUGAGCCGUAUGCGCGAUGCAAACGUCGAGGAAGGUCAGCCGUUGAAUCUGUCCGUCUGUUUCGUGGGCAAUCCGAUACCGGACGUCGACUGGACCAAAGACGGGCUACCUGUACAGCUGUCCGAUCGUUUGACCGUGACAUGCGACGGAAAAAAGACGGAAUUGGAAAUCAAUCCUUGCGAACCGAGAGACGCCGGUGUGUACGAGUGUCGCGUGAUCAAUCCGCUAGGCCAGGACGCUACCAAAGCAACAGCCAACGUUCGAAAUAUUUAUCAGACGCCGAGCUUUACGCAAAAGUUUACGGACCUUCAACAACUGCCCUCGUUCGAUGCCAAGUUUCCAGCGCGCGUUACAGGUGUCCCACGACCGGAUAUCGCUUGGUAUUUCAACGAUAAACCGCUCUUGAAAGACGACGACAAGUACAAGAUGAAACGCGAUGGCGAUGCCUGCUGUUUGUACGUAAAGGACUGCGCUUACGACGACGCUGGCACUUACAAGUGCCGAGCGACUAACAGAAGCGGCGAAGCGGAAUGCGCGGCCAAUUUGGCCGUGGUCGAUAAAAUAGAAAAGAUGCAAAAGAUCGAACCUCCGUCCUUCUUAAAGAGGAUCGGCGACUGCGAGGUAUACAGAGGUAUGCCAGCGAAAUUUACAGCUUGCAUUACAGGCUACCCGGAGCCUGAUUUCGAAUGGUAUCGCAACGGUGACAGGAUCUGGCAGACCGACAGGAUCAGAAUGGACCAAGAGGGUAGCCUGGUGCGUUUGACGAUCGCCAAUAUCGACGAAUUGGACGCGGGCAAAUACGUCCUGAAGAUAGCGAAUCCUCACGGCCAAGACUCUUGCAGCGCGGAAUUGAUUUACGAAUCACUGGAACCACGCGCCAAGAAGCCACUGGCCGACCAGUACGCAGAUUUCGACAAAUAUCGCAAGUCCGGAGUACCGUUACCGUUGGCCGACCGUCCGAUCAUCAGCAGGAUGAUGGACCGUCAUUUAACCUUAUCUUGGAAACCGUCCAUCCCUAUCGGUCCCCGCAUUCCCGUCACGUAUCAGGUGGAGAUGUGCGAGUUGCCCGAUGGCGAUUGGUUCACCGUUCGGUCAGGCAUUCGUAGUUGCGUCUGCGACAUUCGCAAUCUAGAGCCGUUUAGAGACUACAAGUUUCGUAUCCGCGUGGAGAACAAGUACGGAAUCAGCGACCCGUCCCCAUUCGCGCAAACCUACCGCGCCAAAUUGGAGCCCGAUCCGCCGAAAUUUUUCCCCUACCUGCCGCCUGGCAUCGACUUUCGUCCCGAAACCAGCCCCUACUUCCCGAAAGACUUUGACAUCGAGAGACCGCCUCACGACAACUACGCCCAAGCGCCUAGAUUCCUUCGUCAGGAGUACGAUACUCAGUACGGCGUAAAACACCACAAUUGUAGUCUGUUCUGGUUCGUGUACGGAUACCCGAAACCGAGAAUGAGCUACUACUUCAACGACCAGUUGAUAGAAUCGGGUGGCAGAUACGACCAAAGUUAUACGAGAAACGGACAAGCCACUUUGUUCAUCAAUAGAAUGUUGGAGAGGGACGAAGGAAUGUACGAAGCUGUAGCCAGCAACGAACACGGCGAAGCCAGGCAAAGGGUUCGCCUACGAAUCGCAGAGUACCCGUCGUUUAUCCAGAGACCGGAAGAGGUGAUCGUGAUGGUCCGUAGAACUGGCCAACUGGUGGCUCGCGUCACCGGUAUACCUUUCCCGGAUAUCAAGUGGUACAAGGACUGGAAACCUCUCACCUCUUCUUCGAGAAUAAGGAUCGAAUUCAUCGAACCGGAUACAUCGAUUCUGAUCAUCAACGAUGCCAUCGUCAAGGACGAGGGUCUUUAUUCGAUAAGCGCCGGAAACGUGGCGGGAUCGAUCUCCUGUUCCGUGAUGCUGCACGUCGAAGAAAACGAGCACGAGUACGGAUACAGAACGUACAAGAGAAAGUCCGACAUAAAGACGCGUCACGACAAGCCGUACCAAGACUAUUACGAUCUAGGCGAUGAACUCGGUCGCGGCACCCAAGCUGUCACUUAUCACGCCGUCGAGAGAUGCUCCGGAAGAAACUAUGCCGCCAAGGUGAUGCACGGAACAGGAGAAAUCAGACCGUACAUGUACAACGAGAUGGACGUUAUGAACCAUUUGAAUCAUAGGAAGCUGCUGCGACUGCACGAUGCCUACGAAAACGAUCUGUCCGUCACCCUGAUAAUAGAACUAGCUGCCGGUGGCGAAUUGGUCGACACCUUGACCAAGCAAGCUUUUUACACCGAGCCAGAGAUCUCUGGUUACAUUCGUCAACUGCUCUGGGGAUUGGAAUACAUGCACGAUAAUCACUUUGCUCACCUCGGCUUAACGCUCGGAGAUCUGUUGAUAUCGCAUACGGGAGGCGACGAUCUCAAGAUCUGCGACUUUGGACUCUCCAGGAGAAUCUCGCAGACGAGACUGAUGACCCUGGCUUACGGAAUGCCCGAGUACGUGGCACCGGAAGUGACCAACAACGAGGGAGUAUCGUUCAGCACGGACAUGUGGUCCGUCGGUAUCAUCACGUACAUACUACUCUCUGGAAUCUCGCCGUUCAGAGGAUUCAACGACAAAGAGACACUAAUGAAGAUCAGAGAAGGAAAGUGGGAAUUUGAUGAUCGUUGGAAUAACAUUUCGGAGGACGGUAAAGAUUUUAUUCGUUCGUUGUUGAUGUACAACUGCGAAAGGCGGAUGGACGUCAAGGCUGCUCUUGCUCAUCCCUGGAUAACCUACGUGGAUCGAUCUCCCACCGAUUUCUACAAGAUUCCGUCGGAGAAUUUGAAGAAUUAUUAUAAACUGUAUCGCGAUUGGUACAACAACGCAUCCUGCCGCACAUGGUUCCGCAGACGCAAAUUGGAAACAGCUUUCGAACAUCCAUCCAGGAUGGUUUAUCCGCCUGGUCAUAAAUACACUCCUGAACCCAGCGACGACCGAACGUAUAGUCCACUGAAAAGACCGUUAGCCAAAGCCUGGGAUAAUCGAUAUCCUUCGAGGGAACCGAUCGACACGGAAAUUGGUGUCGUCAAGAGCGAAAGCCACUAUCAAAAUGGACCGGACACGUACCUCCUCCAACUUCGAGACACCGGUUUCCCGGUACGUUUGCGCGAGUAUAUGAAGGUUGCGUGCAACCGCAGUCCAGGAUUCUCUCGCACCAUUACCGACGAGAACUUUGAUUGGAGGGCGCCCAUCAUACGCGAGCGUCGUCGAUUCACGGACGUGAUGGACGAAGAAAUCGACGACGAAAGACGAGCCAGGAUCAACAGGUACGGAUCGCCGGACAACUUCACGCUGAGACGUUUGAAACACGAAUUGGGAACACGAUUGGAUAGUUACGCCGAGGCGGAGGCGAUGUUAGAGUCGAAAAAAGAGGGACACCUACCGUUCUUCCGAGAAAAACCGCAGAUCCGUCCGAUCGAGGAAGGCAAACCUGCUCAGCUGGUGUGCCUGGCUGUCGGCAGUCCCAAGCCGAUGAUCCAAUGGUACAAAAACGAUCUAAUGAUUCAAGAAACAAACCGAAUAAAGGUGACGGAAGACAAAGACGGCAGAUCCAUCCUCAGCUUCAAUCCGACGAAAGAACACGACGUGGGUAGCUACAAAGUUGUCGCGAGAAACUCGUUGGGACAGACAGUGGUCAGGUGCAGAUUGGUAGAAGCUGUUGUUCCCUCGGGUCCUGAUUCCCCUGAGGUAUCCGAUGUAUCGGACAACGAGAUACUGCUCCGCUGGAAACAACCGAAAUACGAUGGCAACUCCCCAGUCUUGUGCUACAACCUUCAAAUUCGAGAAGGUGACUCCAUCGACUGGAUAGACCUUGCCUCGAACAUCGAUCACGAGUUUUUCCUGGUAAGAGACUUGAAGCCAGACACGAGCUACAACUUUCGUCUGGCAGCGCGAAACCGCAUCGGAUGGAGCGAGAAAGGCAUCCCCUCGAAACUGAUAAAGACCAGGCCACCGGGUUGCCCGAAAGUUCAGAUAACGAGAGCUAUGAGGCAUCUUCAGGAGCUAACGGAAGCUGGACAGGAGAUAAUGUUGGAAGAGGACAAACCGCACAUGGAUUAUUCCAUCGAGGAUCACCCUAUCGAAUGGUCGACCGAGACCAAUCUAUCGAGCAAGUACAGCUUCAUCUCGGAAAUUCAUAGAGGUCAAUUCUGCGCCGUGGUAAAAGGCGUCGACAAGGCCACGGACCGCGUGAUAGUCGCCAAGAUCCUCGAGCUGAACGCAAACACCGAGAAACAGGUAAACAGAGAGUUCGAAGCUCUCCGUUCAUUGAGACACGAGAGGAUAGCGUUACUGGAAACUGCGUACAAGGCGCCGGGUUCCACGGUCGCGAUGUUCGUCCUAGAGAAGCUUCAAGGUGCCGACAUUCUCACCUAUUUCUCGAGUAGACACGAGUACACGGAGAACUGCGUGGCUACCGCCAUUUCUCAGAUCUUGGACGGUUUGCAAUACCUUCACUGGCGAGGAUAUUCGCAUCUCGAUAUCCAACCAGACAACGUGGUCAUGUCCACCGUUAGAUCGGUCCAAAUAAAACUGGUCGACAUGGGUUCUGCUCGAUUCGUCAGCAAGUUGGGUACCUCGGUGCCAAAACUUGGUCACCCCGACUACAGAUCACCCGAAAUAUAUAACGAAGAACCGGCUCAUCCUCAAACGGACGUCUGGAUGGUUGGUGUUUUAAUGUACGUUCUGUUAUCUGGUAUCCCACCGUUUCGCGGUAAAGAUCCCGACGAGACCAGGCAGAAUAUUCUCUUCGUCAGAUACAGAUUCGAACAUCUCUACAAGGAAUUAACCCAAGAGGCUACCAGAUUCCUUAUGUUGGUGUUUAAGCGGGCACCUAGCAAAAGACCAUUGGUGGAAGAGUGUCACGAACACAGAUGGCUUCAGCUCUCAGACUUUAUGAUUAAGAAACGCGAAAGGGCCGUAUUUUUAGGCAACAGACUGAAAGAAUACAACGAACAAUACCACGAAGAAAAAUCGAAACUAGCAUCCCAGAGUCAAAGUUUAGCAAGCGAAAGUCUAUUAGGUUCGACGCAAAAGCUUAUUAGAUCGACUAGCAUACAAGAAGAACUGCUCACCACGUUCUAACGGAUAACCUAUGAUUAAGCUACGAUUUUCCAAUUUUCUUUACUUUACUUUACUUUACUUUACUUUACUUUACUUUACUUUACAUUACAUUACAUUACAUUACAUUACAUUACAGUACAUUACAUUACUUUACUUUACUUUACUUUACGUGACUGUCAAAUUUCACACACAUAUCUAGUCAGCCUUGCAAAGAGCAAGGGAAAGUAACCAAAGGGAGACAGUAAACGUGCAAGAGCUUUCUUAUCUUGUUCUCUUUUUUGUUAUUAUUUAUUUGUUACAACUCUUAAUUAUUUUAACGGAUACCAACAUCUGUUCAUACAUUACUCCAAAGAUUUACGAGUAAAGAAAAAAAAAGAACCAAUCUGUCGGUAUUUAAACGUAACAUAAGAUACACCACACACUGUACCAUGUUUUAACGAAUCAAGGUACAAACCAAACCCUUCGAAAUUGUACAAAAACGAUGAUUAUAUUCUAAUAAAAUCACCAAUAAAUGACAAAUAAUUAAAAUAA